CGACGUGUUUGAUGUGAAUUUGCUUGAGUGCGACGUUGUUCGAGCGAAUGGCUGUGGUGCGACACAUUUAAGCAGCUGACCGUGCCCUGCCGCCCGACCGUGCCGGACCCGCCACUCUGCCCCCUCCCCCCUUCUUCUCCGGUGGCGGCGGCGGAGCCCUCGUUCUCAACGGCGGCGGAGCCUUCGUCCUCAAAAAAUGGUUGUGAGGGGAGCCCGUGGGCAUACUGAGAUGGAGCCCCCAGAUUCAACUUCGAAUAGAGGGGAUGCUGCCGCUCGGACCUUCGAAUUGACGGUCAAUUUCUUUCCAUCAAAGGCAAAAUUAGUUGAUGGUAGCAUUCAGAACAUUGAGAGAGACACAAUUGUUAAAUGGGAGGUUGAGUUUACAGAGAUUGAUCCACAAGUUCUACAGAACAUGGGAGAGAAGGCAGUGAAGAAAUGGGUGGAAAAAAUUGGGGAGAAUGUUGUUUGGGGUCCAGAGCAAGAAGUAUCACUGUUGCGGUUUGAUGAUUGGAAAGGAGAGUAUGUGAGAAUGGAAGAUGGUGAACAGAUUGUUGAUGAAAUCGAUCGGCAAAACGGCUGGACAAGCAAACGAGCUAAUUUUUUUGCUGAGCUGGUUGAUCUGAAUAUUUUUUCGAAGGUUGGAUAUGUGCCAUCACAAUUAGCUGCGCAGAUGGUAGAUGAUGAUUGGGCUACACAGAGGCCAUUGAUUCCCAUGUGUACUGAACUUACAGUAAUAGCCGAAGAGGGACAGGUGACUGGAAUUGAAACUGAAACUGCAGCAACUGUUGAUUGGAAUGUAGUUGAAUUAGAUGAGCCUACUGAUUUGGUCAUUGCACCAAUGCCUGACAUUGAGAUGGCCAAACUUUUUGGCAUUCCAGUCGAUGACAGAGAUAAGCAGGAGAGGGGAGAAUCUAGUUUGCCUACUAAUGUUGAUGAAGAUGUAGAUGGACAAUUGAUGGAACAAGCUGCAGAUGAAGUAGAUGAUGCACAUGAUGAUGAGCUGGUGCAUGUGUAUGACAAAGAAAACCCUGUCAUUGAAGUAGGCAAGUUCUUCCCAAGCAUGAAGGAGUUUAGGAUGUGUUUCAAGACUUAUGCAGUGAAACAUGAGUUUGAUGCCAAGACUGUUUGGACUGAUAGAAAGAAGUUUUAUGCGAGGUGCAGAGGAUUUGUUGGUAGUAUAUCAGGCUGGGGCCUGGAUGUCCUGGCUGUCGGGCCGGAUGUCCAGCUCUUGGAGCUCUGCAUCGGCUGCCUUGUUGCUGGUAUUGGUGACUAG